AUGCAGACGAGCAAUAGGGUCAUGAGGACCGUCAAGACCAUCUGCAGACAGACACUCUGCCGCCCAACUCGCCGCACCCAUACUACAGCACCCUCUCCCCUGACGAAAUCACACGGCCCAUUCAUAUCAUCGUCGAAACCCACCCCACGGCCGAUAUCCAGAGUCCUGGCGACAUCCGUGUCCCGAGAUUGCCACGCCCACAAGAAGCGUAGAUAUUCAUCCCAAGCACGGGCCACCGUGCCAGACACCGACAGGCUCUGGGAUGCACAGACACAAGCAGGAGAGGAGCGUGAUCAGCGAUAUGAUGGGGCAGGACCGGUUGGCGGAUACGACCGCAGAAGUGACCGAGAGGGACAAUAUGAGGACGAAGGGAUGAUCGUGAUCUCGUCAAGGGCUCAUUUCCGAGAUAGGCAUGGUCGUCCAUGGGCGAAAUCUUCAGAGGGCGGGCCAUCCGAUAUGAACGCUGGCGUGAGCAUCGGUGCUGCUUCAAAGCCCAGGAGGAAACCACGGCUUGAACUGCGAGACUUGACCGCAAAGUCUGGGAAGAAGCUGGAACCAUGGCGGGUCCAAAAGGUCAGCCUCGCGAAGAAAUUUGGCGACGAAGGGUGGAACCCGCGAAAGAAACUCUCGCCUGACGCGAUGGAUGGUAUCCGCGCCCUUCACGAAGAAGAUCCUGAGCGAUGGUCCACCCCUGUUCUUGCAGACCAUUUCAAGGUUUCUCCCGAGGCCAUUAGGAGAAUAUUAAAGAGCAAAUGGCGGCCAAAGGACGAGGAGGAGAUGCAGAAAAGGAGGGAGCGGUGGGCGAAGCGACACGAUCGCAUCUGGGAUCAUCAGGCCGAGCUUGGGCUGCGGCCACAGAGGACGAAGGAUAGGGAGGUCGAGGAUCCAGAUGCCUUCGAUGAGGAGUUGAGAGCAAAGGAAAUACUGGACAAUGCGCGGAAGGCUUGA